UUCAGCAACUCGUACGUAAUGCAUAUAUAUCCACAUACUAGUGGCGUGGCAACUUGAGUAUCUCGUUUCUUUUGCUAUUCUUCUUUCUAAAACUUUCAUAUCAAAUUCAUGGAUUUUUAGACUUUUUCAUAACACAAACUCUUCGUCUCUAUCAUUUCCUUCUUUUUUUUUUUCACUUGCAAACUAUUGAUCAUGCCUACAGAAAGCACAGCUGAAUCCAUCUCAAAGAAGUUCUCAUGGCUAUGUUACACUGUCACUUUCUCACUUAUAAUCCCUAUUUUAGCUGCUAUUUUAGUUUACCAGCUCGACUCGUUUGAGUCAGCUCCUAUGCCAAUCCACGAGUUGACUCACCCUUUGCCUACCCCGACGAUGAAGAAUGAUCACAUCUUAAAAGGAUCAGAGUUCUUGGGUGUGGGGCAGUUGCUGGCACCUGAAGACAUUGUGUAUGACACCGGGUCUAAGGUGAUUUACACUGGUUGUGUAGAUGGGUGGAUUAAGCGGGUUACUAUAAAUGACUCGGUGGCUGACUCGGUCGUUGAGAAUUGGGUUCACACUGGUGGUAGACCCCUUGGACUUGCAUUGGGACACAGGGGUGAAGUUAUUGUAGCUGAUGCAUAUAAGGGGCUGCUUAAAAUAAGUAGAAAUGGAGCAGUGGAGCUGCUAACUGAUGAGGCUGAAGGUGUAAAAUUCAAGCUUACAGAUGGUGUUGCUGUAGCAGAAGAUGGAACCAUCUAUUUUACAGAUGCUUCACAUAAGUAUGACCUUCAUGAUUGCAUGUGGGACAUUUUGGAGGGUGAACCCCAUGGUCGUUUAUUAAGCUACGAUCCUUCUACUAAAAAGACUCAGGUUCUGGUCCAUCACCUCUAUUUUGCCAAUGGAAUUGCAAUUUCUCCUGAUCAAGAUUACUUGGUCUUUUCAGAAACCCCAAUGGGAAGGUGUAAGAAAUAUUACAUACACCGCAAUAAGAAAGGAAGAAUAGAAAAAUUCAUUGAUCUGCCUGGAUUACUAGAUAACAUCCAUUAUGAUGGACAUGGCCACUUCUGGAUUGCGUCAGCCACGGAAAUUACAUAUUUUUGGAAGCUAGCAUUCAGGUAUCCAAUCGUCCGAAAGGCUGCAGCAAUAUAUUUGAAGUACAUAGGACCCAUAGAAGCACAGAAGAGUGGAGGGGUUUUUGUGGUGAGUUUGGAAGGGAAACUGAUAUCUCACUAUUACGACCCUAAGUUAAUACUGAUUUCAUGUGGAGUAAAGAUUGGAAAUCAUCUUUACUAUGGUUCCAUCCUCAAUCCCUACAUUAUCCGUCUUGAUCUUGCUAAAUAUCCUGCCUAUGCUGCCACUGCCACCACAUAAUUAAGCUACAAUUUUAGAUUACUCAAUGUAAAAUGCAAUUAUCCAACAAAUUUUAUUGUUAUACCCUACUCAUGCAUUGAAUGUGAGGUCCUAAUAUGUGGGUUCCCUGUCCUCUUGUUCUA